AGCCAUUGUGACAAAAAAGAAGGAACUGACCCAGUUGGAAUGAGUCCCAAGGCUAAGAAAAUGAAGCCAGAGGAUGAUCACGAAGAUAAAACUGUAUCUGACAACAUCGAAGAAUUAGACACAUCACUUAUUCAAGUUAAUGCUUCAAAGGCUGAGAUUGAUAGGAGAAUUUCAGCUUUCAUGCAAAGGAAACGUUUGGAGGUGGAUCUACUUAACAAGAGGGAGUUUUGUAGCAUCAUUGAUACAGAAAAUAACAAUGAAUUUAGCUGUGCACGAGUUGAUGCAGUGUUUGUGCACAGACAUGGACAAAAAAGCCACAUUAAAGUGACACAGGUUGAAAACACAAGUAGUGCAAGUGAGGCACAAGCACUUGGACCUGAGUUCUCAAAGCAAAGAACCCCAGUAGCUUCUCAAAUUGGCAUGGGAGUUAGUUCUUGCCACAGCACAGAGGAGCGCAUCAGAAACAUAGAGAUCCACCUCGGAUACAGACCAGAGAGACCUGUACCACAAGACGUUUACAAGAGACUCUCAGAUCUUGAAAAAAGAAUACUGCACCUGGAAGGCCUCUCGCCAGAGUACUUCAGGAAGAACCCUGACAAAGGGAGAGAUGGAAUCAUUUCUUCAGGGGGAGAAUUGUCCUUUGGUUCUACUCAGAACCUCACAUUAGACGAGAUUGACGAGAGAAUCAGAAGCUUGCGCCAUUCAUUGUCCAAGGGAAUUUCAAGCUGACUGAAGUUAAUGCCGGAUUUUGAUACAAAAAUAUCGCUGUAGAAUAACCAUUAGCUUGUACCAGAUGUUUAGUUGGAUCAAGAGUCGAUCAAGGGUACGCGAUUUAGGCGCGUGUGAGCAGAUGAACACAGCGAUCAAUCGUCGGGCAUGCGCGAGGGGAUCAAUUUUAGUCGCCUGCACGCCAUGCAUCCUUUUAAAAGGAGCGAGGGAAAAGGAAAACUCGAGACUUUUCGAACACAAAAAUUAUUCAAGUACUGGUAUCCUGUUGAUUCACCAAAAGUUGUACGUCUCCAAAACACCGUGACUACCUUGAGUGGUUGUUUGUUACUCGUGUGACACAUCUGACAGCAUGAAAGCACCACCAUCCACCACCAGUACGACGUUUGCACAUGCGCAAACGUUUGACCGCUGUGUUGGACAGAUGGCUCAGAGAAAAUUAAGGACGAUAAUUAGGCUGUUUCAUUUACAACGACUGGAAAGAGCUAAAGAUGAAGUUAAUUGCCCGUUUCAAAUCUUGUUUAUAACCGAAUUGCUAAGUGAGCGGUUGAAGUCUAUCCACCUUCACAUAAGAGGACGGUGUGAAAAAUCUUACUAUCCGAGAAUUUUCUCCUCACAAUAAACAUGUGAUGUAAAGAGAAGCAAUCGGCCAAAAAUAUGGGAAAUUGUUACUAUUAUUAGAGUGGUUGAUUUUUUAAAACCGACCUCUUAAGAGGCUUUUCUUUCAUUUUAACGCUUUUAACAGCAGAAUUUAAAUUAGCCAACCGAAACAUUAAAGAAGAACACCGGUCAUUUGAUAAUGUCCGAAAAGUUUUUCUCGCUUAGAAAGCACAUGACUAUAUUCAAAGACUGAAUGGCAGAAAAAGAAACAGCAAAUUGCCAUUAUUUCGGUUCGAACCGUUUACCGAUUGACCUUCUCGGCGAGAGAGGUCGAAAGGAGGCUUGGAAAAAGACAAAUUUAAACAUGAGGUCGCAAAAGAACUUUCCUCUUUUCGCGUGGUAAAAAACACUUGAGACUCUAUCACCUGCAAUAGCUCUGAGAGAAACAUUUAUGGAGUAGGUAAAAGCCUUUUUUUUUUUUUUUUGGCCCAAUCAACUGCUUACUUCGUAUCUCAUGAAAAGGCUUUCAGCUGGUCAGGCUGGAUAUAAAUCAUUAGCGAGUACUCAGUGUAACAAUCAUAUCUAUUCAGUCUUGCAACGCUAAUGGAAUACAAGCACUGUUUACGGAUA